GGGCGGCGGGGCGAUGGGCAGAGCCCCCGCUGCCCGGCUGCCGGCCGGGGGGCUGCGCUAGCUCGGCCCCGGCGGCCGGGGAUCCCCCCGCGCCCCGGGGGCGGCGAGGAUGCAGCACCCGCUGGAACUGGGCGCCGCGCGCUACUUCCCGGCCGAAGCCUUUCCCGACCACCGCUCCCACCGCUACCGCAGCUUCAUGAUCGAGGAGAUCCUCACCGACCCCCCGGACGCCAAGGGGGCCGCGCCGGCCGGCGAGCUGCUCAAGUUCGGGGUGCAGGCGCUGCUCUCUGCCCGGCCCUACCACAACCACCUCGCGGUGCUGAAGGCGGAGCCGGCCGCCGUGUUUAAGUUCCCGCUGGCUCCCCUGGGCUGCUCGGGGCUGGGCUCGGCGCUGCUGGCCGCCGGCUCGGGGCUGCAGGGCGGCUCCGCCUCGCCGCAUCUCCCGCUGGAGCUGCACCUCCGCGGGAAGCUGGAGCCGGGCCCCCCGGAGCCGGGCAAGGCCAAGAAGGGCCGCCGCAGCCGCACCGUCUUCACCGAGCUGCAGCUCAUGGGGCUGGAGAAGCGCUUCGAGAAGCAGAAAUACCUCUCCACGCCCGACAGAAUAGACCUGGCCGAAUCGCUGGGACUCAGCCAGCUCCAGGUGAAAACCUGGUACCAGAACAGGCGCAUGAAAUGGAAGAAAAUAGUGCUGCAGGGGGGCGGCCUGGAGUCCCCCACCAAGCCCAAGGGCCGCCCGAAGAAGAACUCGAUCCCCAGCAGCGAGCAGCUCUCGGAGCAGGAGCGCGCCCGGGAUGCCGAGAAGCCGCCCGAGAGCCUGGGCUCGCCGGCCGAGGUCAGCCAGGAGGAGUGAGGGGGGCCCGGUCCGCAGGGCCCCGCCGGGCCCCCCGAGGGCACGGAGGGCAGCUCGGACAGGGCUGCGGCCGCCUUCGGCCUCGGGACGUUUGGACGCUUUGACCGCACGCCGGUCUCACCUCCGCUCCCCUCCGGCCAGGAGCACACUGGAUCCCACCUUCCACAUCUACUCGCUGUCUAAAACCCUGUGGUGCCCCUAGUUAUUCGAAAACUGCAUUUUAUGAUCAGUUUUAUUAAUGCGAAGAUAUUUACUUUAUUUCAAUAAAGUAUUUUAUGAAUUAUU